AUGGAUUCUACUGCCGAUAACGCUGAUAUCCUGGAAAGAUCUUUUGACGAUUUUGUGCUCGUGAUCUACGCAGAGAAUCUCUAUGAAACUAUGGAAGAAGGUUUCGUUUCUGCAGCUGUGUGGGAUCAAGAGACUCUGACACAGAUGACACCGACAAAUCUGAUAGCGAUAUUGACAAAGAAGAUAACAUCUCGACUGACGCGAUGCACAUUCUAA